AUGCUUGAGGAAGCUCGUCGGGAGCAAAAGGAGAUGAGGAGUGAGAUCAAACAACUGACUCAGAGGUUGGAGAACUCAGAAAAACACCAGAAUAUGCAAGACAGUCAGAUAGCCCAGAUAGCUCAGUUCGUCUCGAGAGCACAGGGUACAUUCUCAAGGAAACCAGAUUUAAAUCCGGUGAAACAUUACAAUCGCAUUGAGCUGCGGAGUGGACGUAUUGUGGGAAACCCCCAAAUCAUGACUCAGAUGGAGCUUGACUCAGAAAAGGAACCCACUCCCCUAAUGCCCAAUCAAACGCAAAACAAGGAUGGAGAAGUGAUGUCGAAGUUCGCAAAAUUUUUAAAGGGAAUCUUAUCCAAUAGAAGACAGAAGGGCGACUUCAAGACUGUAGCACUGACAGAGAAUUUCAACGCCCUCCUUAUGGCGAAUCCUCCACCCAAGCUUCAGGACCCAGGAAGUUUCUCCAUACCGUGCAAAAUUGGUUCUGAACUUAUACCAAGAGCUUUCUGUGACUUGGGAGCCAGUGUCAGCCUGCUCCUGUACUCUUUAUGCAAGAAGUUGGGUUUCCAGAACAUUAAAUUGACCACGAUGGCACUGCAACUAGCUGACCAUUCAUGCAGGUACCCGAUGGGAAUAAUGGAGGAUGUGCUAGUUGAAGUAAGUGGAUGCAUAGUUCCUACAGAUUUCAUUAUCUUGGACAUGGAGGAAGAUCCCAAGAUACCGAUCAUCCUUGGAAGACCAUUCCUUGCCACGGCUGGAGCCAUCAUCGAUGGAAAUUCUCACAAAAUCAGCACAUACAAAGAAGGGGAGUACAGUCUCUAUGAGAGUUCCCCUCCAGCAAGCAGUAAGAAAUACAUCUGUCCUGCACGAGCGAAACUGAAGGCGUAG